UGUCACUUUUCACGGAAUUCACUUACAUUUAAAUAAUAAUUUUCUUCAGGAAGAUUUAUAAAAAAUCCUUUCAGCAUGUCCGUUGAUGCGAAAGUAUUCCAUGAAGAUAAGAUCGGUAGACGAUUAGAUCGCUGUGUAUCAGAUACCAUAGUUAAAGGAUGUGGCGGACUUAUUAUUGGAUCUGCUGUCUCUCUGCUGUUUUUCAGACGUCGAGCGUGGCCGGCAUGGCUGGGUACUGGAUUUGGAAUUGGUGUUGCAUAUAGGACAUGUGAAAAAGAUUUAAACAGUUUAAAGUAGAAUGUAAAUAAAAAAUGCAAUCAAUUGAAUAAGA